UCAUCCACGCCUUUCUAACUAGUAAUUUCUCAAACAUGCCGUCGUACGUUGUUGCUGGAGCUUCUCGGGGACUGGGACUUGAGUUUGUCGUGCAGCUCCUUUCUGGCGGAAAUACGGUGAUCGCGUUAGCCCGUGACCCGUCUGCGAAGUCCUUGGUCGCGAUCAAGGAUAGUAACUUGCAUAUCUUGAAGGCAGACAUCACCGACCCCGAUGCAUUGAAGGCCGCUGCUGAAGAGACAGCGAGAAUCACCGGAGGGUCCUUGGACGUGCUCAUCAACAAUGCAGCAUACACCAACCGUUUGACUGCGUUCCUUGACGUGACUCAAUUCCCUGAUACCUCCGCACUUCUCGCCGACUUCAACACUUCCUUUUCCACCAACGUUCUCGGCCCAACCCUCACGACCAACGCCUUUCUGCCCCUUCUCAAGAAAGGCACACUCAAGAAAGUUCUAACCUUGUCUUCAGGAAUGGGUGACCCGGAGAUGAACCUGAAGGCAGGAAUAUCGAACCAGGUGGCAUACUGUGUGUCGAAAUCGGCUCUGGAGAUGAUUAACGUCAAGUUCGCUCUGGCGCUCAAGGACGAAGGGUUCACCUUCCUCGCCAUCAGUCCCGGACUCGUCAACACACAAGAGGGAAUUCCUCCUCCGGAGAUCAUGCCCCAUAUUGUGAAGAUGGUCCAGUCAUUCAAGUCGGUGUACCCUGACUGGAGUGGCGUGCCACUUGAAACUCCCGAGUCGGUCGGUUUCAUGCUCGACAUUCUCGACAAAGUCACGCCUGAGGACAGUGGGAAAUUCAUCAGUCACAAGGGGAACAAAGAGUGGCUCUGAUGGCUUCAGGCUUCAUGGUCUUCUGCUCCAUUGUCGGGCUCUAGAUGCAAAGAAUGUUAUAACUAACGGCAUUGAAGUAUCAGAAUGUUGUAGUUAUAAA